UCGAAGACGACUCGUGUGAACUACGUUUCUUGUCACCUGUGGGUAUGGGGUGUUAUCAGCAUCUGUUGUGCGUGUUGGUGGUAAUCUGUGGGCUGUGGAUAACGAACUGUGAUGCAGAAAUACACCGAGCAAAGGCCGCGACGCACAGGACUGGAGUCAGCGGCGUGAAAAACAGGCGUACCUCGUUCUAUUCCGACAUGGAACCCGACUCAAAUUCGCAGAGCAUGCAGCCUCAGUUGGAAGACGAUCCCGACCUGGUAUUCGGCGUCUGGACCUACUCGCUGAUGGGAGCGGUCCUCGUCGGCUUCAGCGGGAUAUUCCCCCUGCUAGUUAUCCCCCUGGAAGCUGGACCGGCCCUCAAACACGGAGCUGCGGCUGCCAACCUCAAACUGAUGCUGAGUUUUGCUGUGGGCGGACUGCUGGGUGAUGUCUUCCUUCAUCUUCUGCCGGAAGCCUGGGCCUACGUGGACCAAGAUAAUUUUCACUUAGACCAUGUCAGAAUUGGGUGUUGGGUGAUAACAGGAAUGAUGAUGUUUCUAAUCCUAGAGAAGACAUUUGGAGAUGAGAAUGAUUUUGAAACGCUUGAAGAUACGUGUAAUGAAAAGGCGGUGACAGAUUCACACAUAAACACGUAUAGUGUACAGAAGAAUGGAUACAUCCCCAAAACAACAAACGUUCAAACCAGACAUAUUAACAAUAAACACAAACAUAAGCACAAGAAUAAAUCGAAAUCUGUGGCAAAUGGGAAGAACUUGAAGAAAAACUGUAUUUCAAAUGGACAACAUUUUUCAGUUGUACAAAAUCAAAAUAGUUGUGAUAAAAAGCCUGGUGGUAAAAUCAAAAUCAGUGGCUAUCUGAAUUUAUUAGCUAACUGUAUUGACAAUUUUACACAUGGUUUAGCAGUUGCAGGAAGCUUUCUUAUCAGUCCCAAGGCUGGCUUUUUGACAACAUUUGCGAUUCUUCUACAUGAAAUCCCGCAUGAGGUUGGUGACUUUGCCAUUUUGCUUCGGUCAGGUUUUGACAGAUGGCAAGCUGCAAAGGCCCAGUUGCUAACGGCGUCAGGUGGUGUUCUGGGAGUGUUGACUGCUCUUACAGCUGACUCGGCACAAGCAGCAGGGGAGAGAACUGCUUGGAUUUUGCCAUUUACGUCCGGUGGAUUUUUAUACAUUGCUCUUGUGACUGUUGUACCAGAUUUACUACAAGAAAAACAUGGAUGGGAGUCAGUGAAACAAAUUUUAUGUUUGAGUAGCGGAGUAGCAGCUAUGGCUUGUGUCACAUUGAUUUGUUAAUGUCAAACCAGUCCAGUCGUCAUAGCAAUAUUAUCCAGCCAGCCAAGAGUGUUUUGUGAUCAGUUGCCAUAGCAGUAUCAUCCAGCCAGUAGUAAUGUGUGACCAGUUUUUUUAGUUAUACACUAUAUAAAUUGUUAUUUAUCAUUCCUUUAGAAUGGAAUGCAGCAUGUUAUUUUAAGAAUCUGAUCCAAAUUUUAACACAUUUUUGUGAAAUUCCCAUCAUCUGAUUGCAAUUUGUUUUGUUAUUGUAUCAUUCAAAUCAGUUGGUUGAAAUUUCAUCUUUGUUAUUUGUAUCAUGUGUUUUGAUUGGUUACUUCGUUUGUUGUUAUGGCAAUGGGAUGGGAUGUUGCUCAGUUACUGUCAGUAUGCAGAGCACUCGCUUAAGGGUGUGGGUUUUUUUUCCAGAGUUUUUCUUUGUCUCAACAAGUCCCAAGGACUGGUAUAUCUAAGGCUGUGCUAUGUGCUGCCCUGUCUCUGGGAAAGUGCAUAUAAAAGAUCCCUUGCUGCUACUCUGUAGAAGUAGCGUAUGUGAUGGCAGCAGAAGUUGUCUCUCACUGUCUAAGGCUAAAACACACUGAAGCUGAAUCUGGUUAGUCUGACACUGUCAAAAUAGAUUACAUGUUCUAUGUUGACUAUUGCCAGAUCUGUAGUCAGGGGUGGGAAUUCUCCUCGGAUCAGGUGUUUUCCUCAUGGAACAUUGUGUUUCCUCGCAUUUUAAUCGUCCUUUCCUCCAAAAUGUGUCAGAUGGCACAGAUUUUAACCUAGGAUUUCAAGAAUUUCUGGUACCCCUCUAGAUUUCCUCUUUUUAACAGUUCACCAAUUCCAACCCUGUGUAGUUCAUGUCAACACAAACACGGUGAAUUUUGUCACGUUCAUUUCAGUUUUUAUUUUUAUUUUAUUGGUACCAUGGUCAGAGGCAGAUACAGGAUUUUGUAAGGGGGGUGGGGUCACAAUAUUCUGAAAAGGGCAGAAUGAGUUUUCAAAGGCAAAUGAGUCCAGCUUUCAAAGGGAGUGAAAUCUAUGGGGGGGGGGGGUGAUGGCAUUCUUCCCAGAAAAUUUUGAAAUAAAGAUACCCAGAGAUGUGUUUUCAGAGCAAUUUAGUUUUGUACAUUAUGGAUGAUAAAUAAAAUAAAAAAACCCAGAUCCCCCACUUGAUCCACCAAAGAUACUGGCCAGACCCAGAUCACAGUGUGUUUUGGGCCUAAACAAUUUUGAAAUAACCAUGUGUUAAGACACCAAGUAGCCAUAGUUGAAAACUGCUGAGGUGUUGAUAAGUAAUACUCCUUUCUUUUCCUUUCAUUGUUAUUGCAUAAUUUAUAUUAUUUUUAGUUACAUGUGUACAUCUCUCUAAGUUCAAUUAACAGUUGUUAGUUUAUGAUUCUUGGAAGUGUGCAUUCAUUUUGACCGAUGGGCGGGAUGCAGCCCAGUAGUAAAGCACUCGCCUGAUGCACGGUCGGUCUAGGAUCGAUCCCCGUCAGUGGGCCCAUUGGACUAUUUCUUGUUCCAGCCAAUGCACCAUGACUGGU